GGACCAUACGCCGAGGUCGGGGAAGACCAUUCAUUUUGAACUUUGUUUGACAGCUGAGUUUUGUUGCUUUUUCUGUCUUUAUUAUUGGGAUUGAAAGAUUAUUAUUACUUCUAUUCGUUGUUGAGCCUUUGCGCCUCGAUUACUCGCACCGACCCCAUCUCCGCUCAAUUUUCCGCGUUCCCUGAAGUCCCACGACCCCGACAUCUUUUAUCUCAUUUUCCUCCAGAAACCCCCCUCCCCCCUCAUACAACACAACGCCAGAAUGUCGACAUCCCGCAUUGGUCUCCGUUUCUUCCAGAACACGCGCGCGGCCUUCCGCAACGCUUACGCUCCCUUCCGUCGUCCCGGCGCCCAGGGAUUCCGUUUCCAGAGCUCGGAUGCUGGAGCGGCGUCAGCCGAGAGCCAGAGUACCUUCCAGCGUCUGUGGAAUAGCCCCGUUGGAAUCAAGACGGUGCAUUUCUGGGCCCCCGUUAUGAAGUGGGGUCUCGUCAUCGCCGGUAUCUCCGAUUUCCAGCGUCCCGCCGAAAAGCUCUCCCUCACACAAAAUGGUGCCCUCAUGGCUACUGGCGCCAUCUGGACCCGUUGGUGUAUGAUCAUUACUCCCCGGAACGUCCUCCUCGCCGCCGUCAACUUCUUCCUGGGAUGCGUUGGUGUCGUCCAAGUCAGCCGUAUCUUCAUGUACCGCCGUAGCUUGGAGGGAUCGAGCGCAGAGGCUGCUAAGUCGAUGGAGCAUGAGGUCGCGGAUUCGGCUAAGGCCGUUGCGCAUGAGGCGGAGGGUGUUGCUAAGAAGUCUUCUUAGAUUUGUGUUUUAGGUGUAUUAUUUCAUUGAUUGAAUAUAGUUGGUUUAUUCUUACUGAAAUGCGCAUGGCUUAGGAUUAUCGCUUCUAUAUCGCCCUUAUAUAUAACUGCAUCUGAGGACUCUGUCUGUUCAACUGUACUUCAGCCACAUCGUUGAAUAGUCAAGCAAAUGGAGUCACCCAGAUGUGAUAUUAUGGUUUAGCUGGAGGCUGGUAGGCAGUUUGUUACAACAGACGAAUGGCUUGUCCACAGUGCAGGCGCGCUAUAUCAUGGCAAUUGAAACCAUUGGUAUCCCUUUUAUAGGUCCUGUCGCGGCUCUUUGUAGGGAACUAACUUAAUGUGUGCGC